AGCUGCUGUUGGUCAGGCAGUGCAGUCAGUGACCACAGUGAGGCCUCAGCAGGCACUGCAACAAAGAGCUCAACUCAGUGGCCCUGGACUCUCAGUGAAACAAGAAAUGGCUCGGUCUUUUCCAGGAUUUUUUAAAAAAGAGGCAAGAGGAAAAAGGCGCUUUGCACCAUAUAGGACAAACGAAUUUGGGAAGAGUUUCUUGGUGAAUUUCUUUCUUCUUGAAAAACAAUAUGAAAAAACACCAAAAGGAGAGGAGGAACUGCCACUCAUGCUUGCUGGCCUUGGAAAACGUUCUCUAACCAUAUUUGAAAACAUGACACAUUCAGAGAUUUCAGAUUUGCUUGUGAAUGUAUAUCCAAGACUGGCAAACAUCUGUGGUGGCUGGAUGCUGCACAAAUCCACAGGUGGAAGUGGGUGGCGGAACUUGGUUGUUAUCCCUCCAGAUCUACAUGGAUACACUGGCCAGCAGUUAAAAGUGGUGACUAGCAGUGGAAAAUACACAUUGUACAUUUGUCCUUUACAAGAAGAACUUUAUACAAUUCCACUACCACCCAAAGCAAAGGAGUUUGAGAAAAUGCCCAAAGCCCAGUGUACAACUUGCAAGAAAAUGGUGCCACUUCAGAUUCUUCCAGUGCACAUCAAGGAAUGCAAGAGAGAACUUGUAGAUUUGAGUUGUUCUGCUGAAGAGGAAAGUUGCAAAGAACAUGAUGAAUUUAGAGAUUCCACUUGCAACCAGUCAGACCAGACAUCAGAGUGUCCUGUGUGCAACAAUGCAUUUCACGUUGACAUAAUUGAAGUCCAUGCAGCCACAUGUGGAUUAAGACCUUCAGAUAAUGACUGUCACGAGUCAAGUGGAUCAGGAGCAGUCGGUCAAAUCAGUACAUUUCAAAGCAGAGGCAUGCAACAGUGGCAACGGCAGAAAAAGACAUCACCCAAAUCUAGACUUAAGGUCACAUUCUUCGGUGAGGCAGGCAUUGAUACUGGUGCCCUUAGCAGAGAAUUUCUCACAGAAAUGCUGGCAGAGGUCGAAAACAGACUCUUUGUUGGAGGGUCAGAUAAGAAAGGGAAGAAUCCUGUUUAUUGUCUCAACAGUUUGGACUCAAACUUCUUCAGGAGUGUGGGAGAGAUCAUGGCAGCUAGCCUUGCACAAGGCAGACCUUGCCCCAACUUCUUGCGCGACUGGUGCUUCAGAUAUCUCUGCUCUGGUGAUUCUGACAGUAUACAAGUGUCUGCCAGUGAUGUAACAGAUUUUGAACUAUCACAGCUUAUUGAGAGGAUAAACAGCACAGAUGAUGACAAGAUCAGUGACCUGGUUGACAAUAUUGUGACCUGUGGCUACACUGGAAUCGUGUCUAUGGAAAGAAGAGAUGCCAUGAUAAGGUGGAUGCUACCUUUCUCCUGGAGAGGAGCCGCCCUGUCUUUAGUGAGACUGGUUCUGCCAAGCACCAGAAAGAAGUGAAGAUUAUGAACUUUCUCCAGGACUACCUCCAAGAAAUUGAGGAUUCUG